AUGGUUGACUCCGAUAUUGGUGAACUAUUACAUUAUUUACGUAUUGUAUUAGAUUAUUCACCAACAUCACGUACUUAUAUAAUUGGUGCAAUUACUGAUUUUGAAAAAAUAAGAUAUGGUAAAGUCUCGAGAUCAAAUAAUAAUUAUGAUUUUAUAUAUGAAGCAUCGAGAUAUUUGUUAACAAGUGACAGAAACUAUUUAUUAGAAUAUUUAGCAAAAAUUUUUACGAUAGAUCCAUCGCAUUUGGGUUACAAGAAAUUAAAACCAUUACCUUCAAAUAUAUUUAUUCAUAAUGAAUUAUUGGGAAUUGGCUCUAAUGCAAUGGUUUUCAAUUGUUUGGUGGAUAAUGACAAAAAAAAUGAAUAUACUUUAAAAAUCAGUAAUACAUCUGUUGAUAAAGAAGUAUUAAUCUAUAAAACAUUAUAUAACAAUAAAUAUAAUAUUGAUAAAGUUCAUGAAUAUGCUUUAUUAUUUCGUCAUCCACCUGAAAGAAUAAUAUCAACAGUAAUUUUAUUUAAUAAUCUUCAUAUUUUAUGGGAACAAAUAAAAGAAGCACAUAAAAAUAAUAUUUUACAUUGUGAUAUAAGAAAAUCAAAUAUUAUUGAAAUAUGGAAUAACCAAACUAGAAGGUAA